UUUUUUUCUUGCCAAGAAAUGAAAGAGUGGCAUCAGACCUUUUUGCUGUAGUGGAAAGUUUUCCCCCUCUGAUAUCCACAUCAGUAGAAUCAAGAAGAGGAUUUGAUUUUUCUUAAUUUUCUAAGGAUGGGACUCUACCAAAGCUUACCCUAAGUUCUUUAAUAUAUUUCAACUUUUCUGGAGGAGUUUUAUUUUUCGGGAGUACAAAUAUCUCUUUCAUAGAGGAUUUAAUCAUAUUCUAACUUUUAUGUAGUGUGAAAGAAUUUGAGUAGCCAACCAUGCUGCUUGGUUUACAGCCCAUCACUAUAAUUUAUUUAACCAGUGAAGAAGUCACCCUUCCAGCAGGAAUCUCUCCAUAGCAUUCAGUUCUGAGAAUACUUUUUUUUUUAAACACUUAUGGACAGUGAUUGUAUUUCAUUUGCUCAGAGAUGGCUCUCAGAGAAGAACAUGAACAAAUAUACACUUUUCAAAUUAUUUGAUAGAACUUUGCAAUGUAAGACAUGGGCUGAGCUCUUACAUUUACAUUGCAUUUUUGUAAUUUAGCACUCUUAAAUUGUAGUUGUAUUUCUUUUUCACUAUUAUUUGGGUUCUUUUUUUAACGUGUUAGAAGUUUUUAAAACAUACAUUCUCUGUUAAAGUUUACAUUCUGGGAGUUGCUAAAACAUUCGCCAGUGCGCAUUGGAUUCCACACAGGUCCUCAGUGCGCAUUUGGACUGCACCGGACAGACACAGACUGAAAGAUUCCUGAAGAUUUCAUAUGGAGCCGAGUGAGCCCGUUCACCAAUCUGACCACCGGACUAUGUGGCUCACCCACCUCGCCCUGCUGCUGCUCCGGCUGGCGGUGUCCGCGGAGGGGCUCUCCACCUGUCAGUCAUUUAGCCUGGAUGAUCAGAAGUCCAAGCGCAUCGAGGCCGUUCGCGGUCAGAUCCUCAGCAAGCUCCGCUACCGGAGCCCACCGGAGCCCCCAGCACCGAGCCCACAGCCAGAGGCUGUGCCCGCCGAGGUGAUGCUGCUUUACAACAGCACUCGGGAGCUGCUGAAGGAGCGUGCGCGCCAGGCCGAGUCCGCGUGCGACCGGGAGAGCAGCGAGGAGGAUUAUUAUGCAAAAGAGGUUCAGCGCAUUGACAUGCUUCCGCAGCGCACAGACAUCAAUGCAGUGAACCCUCCAGUCCCCAGCCCAUAUUACAGAGUGGUGGGGUUCGAUGUGAGUGGUGUGGACAGGAACUCCAGCACCCUGGUUAAAGCUGAGUUCAGAAUCUACAGAGCACCCAACCCCCAGGCCCGCACCUCAGAGCAGAGAGUAGAGAUCUAUCAGGUGAUAAAGCCAGAAAAGUCAACAGGCCCCUCGCAGAGAUACAUCGAUUCCAGAACUGUUCGCCCACGGACCAAGGGGGCGUGGCUCUCUGUGGAUGUCACUGACACUGUGAGGGAUUGGCUGGCUCAUAGGGAGAGGAACCUGGGUUUGAAACUGGGUGUUCACUGUCCCUGCUGCACCUUUGUUCCCUCCACCAACAGCAUCGUGUUCAAUAAGAGCGAGGAGUUGGAGGCGCGCUUCGCAGGUCUGGAUGAUGAGCUGCUUCAGCAGCAGGUGCGGAAGCCGGGGUCAGGGCUGGCUAAGGGCCAGGUAGAGUUUAGUACCAAGACCCCCCAUCUCAUCCUCACCCUGCUGCCAAGCGACAGGGUAGACAACCCGGGCAAGAAGAUCCGCAAGAGGAGGGCCGCCGCAGACACCACCACCUGCUCCAGGAACUCAGACGCGGGCUGCUGUCUGCGAUCGCUCUACAUCGACUUCCGCCGGGACCUGAACUGGAAGUGGAUCCACGAGCCGAAGGGCUACAAGGCCAAUUUCUGCUCUGGCAGCUGCCCAUACCUCUGGAGCGCUGACAACCACUACAACAUGAUCCUGCCGCUGUAUAACAAGCUGAACCCUGAGGCGUCUGCCUCUCCAUGCUGCGUACCUCAGGACCUGGAGCCUCUGACCAUUGUUUACUUCAUGGGCCGAACGCCCAAGGUAGAGCAGCUCUCAAACAUGGUGGUCAAGUCCUGCAAGUGCCGCUGACACAGGAGCCCAGCGGAAGGAGAGGGGGAAGGUGGAAGAAAAGAGCUGGACAAAAGGAAGGAGGGGUUUGACCAAAACAACAACAAAACUUGUGGUCCUUAAGCAAAAAGGACAGACUGACCCUCUCUCUAUAUAUUCAACCCUGCAUUUCACUAUGACACAUUUUACACAGUCAGUCUGGCACAGGUUGUAUUUUUUAAAUUUCACAAGCAUGAAACUGAGAAAUCGUCUUCAGCUGUGGGUCUUUUCCCCACUUUCAUAAGGUCAAAAAUACUGUAAAUAUCUUAUUCAUUGAAAGCUUUAUUAAAACUUUAU